AUGCUUCCGCAAAAGUCCGAGCAGCAACAGGAGGGCACAAACGCGUGCGGAACUGGAGACAACCCAAACUCCGACUGCCAAAAUGUGUACUUUAACUCGGCUAAAGAUUUUUGCCUGUGGGCCCCGUCCGGACCCGAAACUGUGGGCAUUGGUGAAGCUGAGCGCCACGUUGUAAGUUAUUGCACCAAGAGCGGUCGUGGGACACGACUAAUUCCUCCUGGAACACUUAAAAGCGUACACUAUGUACGCACGCCGCAUUAUGUACAGGUGAGCGGCACGGGUAACUUUGCAAAUAUGCACAUUAGUGCACAAGGCGGUGGCGGCGAACUUGAUCCUCACGGGCAGGACGGCCUUGGGAAUCCCAUUGGUGGUCUCGUCUUCUCCACUGCAUUCGGCCGCGGGUUUGAGCAGGUGCACGAAUGGAUGAGCUUUAUGGACGAUAAAACCUAUUGUUUCCGGGCGUGCAUGGAUAGUGAUCUGGCGUACGAAUAUUGCAAGAACACGUACGACGAGUUGGGCUGCAACUUUAACAUGCCCACAGGCCCUGAUCAGCCCGAUGUCUUCGAGUCGUGCGAGGGUGCCGACGCAGACGUGGUAGGACUGUACACCGAUAAUGGUGUUGUCUCCACAUUUUUGCAGUCGCAGACCUUGCUACCCGGUAUCAAGGUACCACCACCCAAGGCGCCGCAACCGAUUAACAAAUGCUCUCCAUUCCAGUCGACCAAGCUGCAUGGCUCGCUGAAACAACCGUUCCGAAACGUCACAUGGAAUAAUCCGCUGAUCAAGUCAAAUCUGUCGAAAAGCAAUUUAAAGUCGUCGUCGAAAAGCAAGUCCAGCACAUCCACAACAUCUUCCACUACAUCUCAAGCUACAUCUCAAGCGCCAACCUCCGUUACCCCUGCUGCCACCGUUAAGAACAAACCCACAAGUACUGGUUUUCCGUCUCUUUCAAUGGCAGAUCAUGCCGCCAACUUGUGGGCUCCUGACGUGCGCUCCGUCUUCCUUGCCGCGUUUGCGCUCGUUGGCACCCUCUUACUAUAG